AUGAUGACGAAAGGGACGAAACGUUUCGCCGUAUCGGACUCCAAUCCUGACUCGGCCUUCCGGAAUAAAAGGAUAAUGGCAGGAUCCUCAUGUGAUGCUAAUAGGGCAGAGCCUUCUCAAGAGCAGUCGAUAGAUACACCUGUAUUGAAUGCACAUCGGGCUGCGUCAUCACGGCAGCAUGUGAGAGCUCUCAACACCCAAUUUGCAAGUUGGGUACAAUCACAACUAAAAAAUCAUCCUGAUGAACUUUGGGAAGAUGGUCUCCGAGACUACCUAGCUCAUGCUUCAAACAUUAUGGAAAAAUUCAGUGACGUCGUUAACUGGCUUAAAGUAAAUGCUGCAAAAGGAGAAAAUUUGGCAGGGGCUCCAACUGCUGAAAAGAAAAUGGUGCCUGAGUCCACGAAUAAGGAUAAAUAUUUUCAGCCAAAACCCCUGUUCGCACCAGUUGGUACAACUGCUAACUUUGCAAGUUCUGGAUUAUACUCCAACAGCCAAAGCUCUGCAGGAGUCUUCUCCAACAACCACUGCUCCACAGGAGAAUACCCUUUCCGCCAAAGGUCUGAAGGAGUGUCUUCCAACAGUCAAAGCUCUUCGGGAGUAUUCAGCAGCCAGAGCUCACCAGCUUUAUGGAGUUCUGGAGUGUUCUCCAACAGCCAAAUUUCUACUGGAGUCUUCUCCAACAGCCAAAGUUCUACUGGAGUCUUCUCCAACAACCACAGCUCUACAGGUGAACUACCUACUGGCCAAAGUUCUGCAGGAGUAUCUUCCAACAGCCAAAGCUCUUCGGGAGUAUCCAGCAGCCAGAUCUCCCCAGUCUUCUCCAGUGUUCAAAGCUCCGGAAUAUUUUCCAAUACUCAAAGCUCCGGAGUAUUUUCCAAUAGUCAAAGUUCUGCGGCGUUCUCCAAAACUCCCAGUUUUGGGUUAUUCUCCAACAGUCAAAGCUCUGGAUUGUCCUCCAAUAAUCAAAGUUCUGCAACAUUCUCCAGCACUCCCAGUUUUGGAUUAUUUUCCAACAGUCAAAGCUCUGGGUUGUCCUCCAACAGUCAGCCCCCUGCCUUGUUUGGAAUUCAAAGUUCGGUUCCCACAAAGCAUGAUGCUUCAGAUGAAGCAGAUGCUGAAAAUGACUUGGAGCAACCUAGCAGCCCAUCUGUGAAAAAGUCUGAAGAAAAGGGUGUUGUCCUGGUCCAUGAAGUCAAGUGCAAACUUUAUGUGAAGUCAAGUGAUCCAGCAGAUAAAGAUGCAUGGAAAGAUAAAGGCACAGGGCAGCUAUCUAUUAAAUGCAAAGAGGGUGUCAGCAAGGGUACAAAAGAAUCAAAACCAACAAUCAUUGUUCGAAAUGAUGUGGGGAAAGUGCAGCUUAAUGCUUUGUUAUAUUCAGGCAUCAAGACGAAUCUACAGAAGAAUUCCAUUGUUGCAAUAUUCCAUACUAUGGGCGAAGGUGAUGGAAAUGAUGGUAGUGCUGUUGCGCGUACCUUCUUGAUUAGUAUUAAGAACCGAACCGCAUUUGCGGUUGCGGUAUUUGAUUUUCAAAACUUGCGGUUACCGCAAACCGCAAAGUAUAGUCGCACGGAUGAUGAGGUUGAAUUUUAUAAGGAAAUGGAACAUAUGACAACUUAUAACAUUGGUGCUCAAACAACACAACGGGGUUCUUCAAAUCCACUUACCACCAACACUUGA